AUGCGGCUGCGUCGGGCCGUCAAGGAGCUGGAUAGCGCGUGGUUCGAUGCCACGAAUAACAUGAUGCUAUCCCGGAAGCUUCUAUUGAAGCCCUCAGGAUUCAGCUUGCCGCCGCCCAAGCAUCAGGAGGAUCUGAGCGCCCAGAGAGCCAUCUCCAAGGAGCUCAAGGAUCAGCUUAUCCAGCUUGGUCUUGACCAUAACAAGGCGCUGAAGGCCGCCGAAGCCGCUGCGGAGGCCAAGCUGCAUGAGGCGCUGGAGGAUGCUGGCAAUGGCUCUUCGGACUCCCAGGCGUUUGCUGUGAAGAAGGUUGGAGAGCGUCGGGUAGCGCAGGCAUAUGAGAACCUGGGUGCGCCCUGGGAUCCCUAUGUCCAGCUGGUUGCGCGGAACGCACGGGUCUCGCACAUGCGUGCCAUAGACCAGAACCUCUCUGACAUCCCUGAUGUGGCCACCCAGCUCUUCUGGACUCUCUGGCCUGGAGAAAGAACAAGACAAAACUCCGACGCAAGCUUGGACCCAUCACCCUCACCAGCUAAUAAAGUCCGCCCACUUCCGCGACGCCGCAACCGUCUUGGUCCCGGCUCUCGCUCUCCGUCCACAUCCCGCCGGCGGCCAGCCCGUGGCCCCACCAUGCAGCUCCUCCACUACUCGCCGACCCCGUACACUCCCAUCCUCUCCGCGGCGCCGCGCCGGCGCCGCUGCGGAUUCCUCUGCUCCUCCUUAUCUAACGUUGCCCGCGGUGCCGUCGCCGCAAACCGCGUCGUGUUGGGGUGCGGGCUGGUGACGCUGGACUACCUGGCCACCGUGGACGCGUACCCGCGGCCCGACGACAAGAUCCGCAGCGGAGAACUGCAGAUAUCGGGCGGCGGGAAUGCCGGGAACGCGCUGACGGGCGCUGCUCGUCUGGGCCUCAACACGAGGCUCAUCUCCAAGGUGGCCAGCGAUGAAAUCGGAGGAACUGUUCUUUCGGAACUCCAGGAAGCUGGAAUCGAUGUGUCGCAUGUUAUAAUCUCUGAUGGUGGAAACACAACAUUUGUCUAUGUCAUUAUUGAUAAGAAAACUAAAACUCGUACAUGCAUAAUCACGGCAGGCUACCCUCCAAUGGUUCCUAGUGACUUAUCAAUGUCAAAUCUGUCAGCUGCACUGGAAGGUGUAAACUUGUUAUACCUAGAUGGAUAUUCACAUAAAAUGGCACUGUCUGUUGCUAAGCAGGCUGAUCUAAUGAAGAUUCCAAUACUGGUUGAUGCGGAACCAGAAAGAACAAAGGCUGAACUCGGAAGUUUGCUUGGCCUAGCGAGUUACGUUGUCUGUUCGGGGAAAUUUCCAGAGAAAUGGACGUCCAUCUCAUGCAUUCCCUCGGCACUACUAGAGAUCCUUGUGCAAUAUCCUCAUGUGAGAUUCAUGAUUGCAACCCUUGGAGAAAAUGGAUGCAUGAUGCUUGAGAGGAGCGAAGGCAAUAGUUCUGAAAUAGAUGCAUCAGAUAUAGAGGAUGUUGCUGAGUCCUUGAGGCUGAAAGUGCUUAAAGAUGACAACCUGCCAACUUGUGUUUCAUCCAAGUUCAUGGAACUCUCUUCAAGAGGGCAUGGUACUGUUACUACUAUAUUUGGAAGAUUGCUCAUAGGAACAGCAGAAAAAAUUCCUAGCCCGGAGCUUGUUGACACCACUGGUUGUGGCGACUCGUUUAUAGGAGCAGUACUUUAUGGACUAUCCACGGAUAUGCCACCUGAGAAGAUGCUGCCCUUCGCCUGCCAAGUGGCGGCCAUCAAAUGCAGAGCAAUCGGUGCGCGCACCGGCCUACCAUGGUAGUCUGAUACACGCUUGUCUAAAUACUUCUGUUAGGCAUUCUGAAAAUUGUGUGGGAAAAAAUAGAGGUUUAGAGAAAUGCACCAUGUCCUCAGCUGUUGUAAGAGUCCAUGGGACUGAAACAUGGUGAGCGUCGGUGAUAAAGUUUCGUACUAAAAGUUGAAAGUAUGCAUCCAGAGGUACUGUUUGAGUGAAUAAAAUCAGCCAGCGAUGCAGUGUUGUCA